CACAAGACACCACUGUCAAAAAUCUUGGCAACGAGUACAAUUACUCGGACUUCACGGAAAAGGAUGACUCGAUCUAUCAGACAGUCACUUUUGAAAGAAAGUCAAGAAGACGUUCGGAUAAUUUCUUGCAUUCCAAGAAAGCCUCAUCCAGACGUUCGAGUUCUCAUGUCGAUCAUAGGAUUUAUCGAAAAGAAACAUUUGAACAACAACAGGAAAGAUUGAAGCGACAAAUGAAAAUACAGAAAAAAUUGGAAAAACAGUCUGAAAAAAGAAGAAGUCUCAGGGUUACAGAACUUUUUAACGAGAACGUGGUAAAAAGAUUGACAAGUGGUAGAAAUAAUAAUGAAAAAAAUAAAGAAACACAAAAUAAAAAGAAACUUUCCAAAUCAGAACAAGGUGAUAAAAACGGGAUCCAAAACAGCUCUCUUCCUCCUUGCCAUCGCCGAUCAAAAAAUUUCUGGAAUCGUGAAACACAAAGUCCUUUCAGGAUGUUAGGACUUUAUAGUUACGAACAAGAAAAUGAUUUGUUGCAACAAAAUGGAAAUGAAAGCUUUUUGAAAUCAAAUAAAAAUUCUUCAAACCAGGAGAAUAAGUUGUUGAAGGAAUUGGAACACAAUCAAACAUCAUGUGAUGCUGAAACUGACGAUGUUAAAAGCUCAAAGAUACAUAUUUGUGCUGGCGGUGAUGAUGCUUGCAACAAGUAUGGUAGUGGAAAUAAAUUAAAGAAAUAUUUCAGCAAUUUCGAGAAGUUUUUUAGAAAAUGA